UCACUUGGUUACGGAUGUGUAUUUCGGAUUUCCCACAGCAAGAGGAAGGAUUACAACGCUAGUAUCUAAACGUAGUGACGCACAGUGAACCCGACUAAGUUGCCUAGUGCAGAGUGCACGUCGAUAAGAGUCGCCUUCGGCUGCACUACGCGUUGGUGUGUGUUUCCCAAGUGCCGCACCAGCCGUGACUUGUAGUUGGUAUUGCUUCCGUAGUAAUCGUCAAAACCUGGCUCCACACGCGAUUUAAACGGUGCGAGGUUAGAGAAAGUUAGAAGAGGUCCAACAGAGCGAGAGAAAGAGAGAAGACGAAAUCAAACAAACCAUCAUCAAGCAACCGAACCGAUCUUCCAGCACUGGAAAUCAGAGGCUGUUUCGAUUAUUUCCUGCCCGACGUAGUAAUUUGCUUAUUGCUGUUUCCAUCGAGCACAUACGCAUAUUCAAUUUAGACGCAGUGAUAAAAAAACAAUCCGAUCAAAAUGCCAAAAUCGAUGAACGUACGCGUCACGACAAUGGACGCCGAGCUUGAGUUCGCGAUCCAACAAGGAACCACAGGCAAGCAGUUGUUCGACCAGGUUGUGAAGACGAUCGGUCUGCGCGAGGUCUGGUUCUUCGGGCUACAGUAUACAGACUCGAAAGGCGACAACACCUGGAUUAAGCUGUACAAAAAGGUGAUGAGCCAAGAUGUGCAGAAAGGCGAUCCGCUGUUAUUCAAAUUUCGCGCCAAAUUCUACCCCGAGGAUGUCGCCGAGGAGCUGAUCCAGGAUAUUACGCUACGCCUGUUCUAUCUGCAGGUAAAGAACGCAAUCCUGUCAGACGAAAUCUAUUGCCCGCCGGAAACGUCCGUCCUGCUGGCAUCAUACGCUGUUCAGGCACGCCAUGGCGAUUACAACAAGGGAACUCACGUGCCCGGCUUCCUGGCGAAAGAUCGGCUACUUCCACAACGUGUAAUCGACCAGCACAAAAUGUCAAAGGACGAGUGGGAGAACUCCAUCACGACCUGGUGGCAAGAGCAUCGUGGUUUACUACGUGAAGAUGCUAUGAUGGAGUACCUGAAGAUUGCACAAGAUCUUGAAAUGUACGGUGUGAACUAUUUCGAGAUUCGUAACAAAAAGGGCACAGAACUUUGGCUCGGUGUCGAUGCUCUCGGUUUGAACAUCUACGAGAAGGACGACCGCCUCACUCCGAAGAUCGGGUUUCCGUGGUCAGAGAUUCGUAACAUUUCAUUUAAUGAUCGCAAAUUCAUUAUCAAGCCCAUUGAUAAGAAAGCACCGGAUUUUGUGUUCUUCGCACCGCGCGUCCGUAUCAACAAACGUAUCCUAGCGCUGUGCAUGGGCAACCAUGAGCUUUAUAUGCGCCGCCGCAAGCCCGACACGAUCGAUGUGCAGCAGAUGAAAGCGCAAGCCCGUGAUGAAAAGAAUGCCAAACAGCAGGAGCGCGAGAAACUGCAACUAGCGCUGGCCGCACGCGAGCGAGCGGAAAAGAAACAGCAGGAGUACGAGGAUCGAUUGCGCUCGAUGCAAGAGGAAAUGGAGCGUAAGCAAGCAAAUUUGAGCGAGGCGCAGGACACGAUCCGCCGGCUCCAAGAACAACUGAAUCUGGUGCAGGCAGCAAAGGAAGAAUUGGAACAGCGGCAAAACGAAUUACAUGAGAUGAUGCAGCGCCUCGAAGAAACAAAGAAUAUGGAGGCCACUGAGCGAGCGAAGCUUGAAGAGGAAAUACGCAUCAAGCAGCUCGAGAUGCAAAAGAUCCAGGAAGAAGUUUCGCUGAAAGACUCAGAAACCAAGCGGCUGCACGAGGAGGUUGAAGAGGCGAUAAGGAAACAGGUAGUACCAGGCAGAAACGAAGCGGCGGCGGCACUGCAAGCAGCUACUACUACCCCCAAACAUCAUCACGUUGAGGAGGAAGAGGAUAACGAAGAAGAACUGAUGAAUGGUGAAAACGGUGAACAGGAUUUCUCCAAAGAUUUCGACACGGACGAACAUAUCAAGGACCCAGUUGAGGAGAGACGCACACUAGCUGAACGUAAUGAACGUUUGCAGGAUCAACUGAAGGCCCUUAAACAAGAUCUCGCCCUGUCGCGCGAUGACACGAUGGAAACGCCCAACGAUAAGAUUCACCGCGAAAAUGUUCGCCAGGGACGAGACAAGUACAAGACGUUACGCGAAAUCCGCAAGGGCAAUACCAAACGCCGCGUAGACCAGUUCGAGAACAUGUAAAAAAAUGUGCAACGGGAAAAGAGGCGCCAAUUAAUGCAAAAUAGCAGCGCUGUUCUAGGCCUUUGCCGUGCCAAACCAGACAAACUGUAUAGACAUUCUGCCGCCAGCAGAUUGAUAAUUUUUUCCAGAAACAGCUAAGCACAUCUUAAGCCUGUUUGACUUUUUUGUUCGUCUGGUAAAGACGCCCCUUUAAAACAAUUCAUACAUUAAUGCAAAAUAGCAGCGCUGUUCUAGGCCUUUGCCGUGCCAAACCAGAAAAAAUGUAUAGACAUUCUGCCGCUAGCAGAUUGAUAAUUUUUUCCAGAAACAGCUAAGCACAUCUUAAGCCUGUUUGACUUUUUCGUUCGUUUGGUAAAGACAGCCCUUUAAAACAAUUCAUACAUAUACAUUAUAAAACGUAGUUAUCAAUACCAUUUCGCUUCCAUGGCAAAGGGUAAGAAGAGAGAAAGAGAGAGAGAGAGAGACAGAAAGAGAAAGAAAGAGAAAGAAAGGAAGAAAAGGAGAGAGAGAGAGAGAAAAAGAGAGAGAAAGAGAGAGAGAGUAAACGUGAAAUCCAAGCGAAUGUUAAAAAAAUCCUCUCUAUUCCCUGUGUGUAUGUCACAGUCUUUAACGAAUGGCGUUAGGGUACAACAUCAACAUACCGCAUACCCUUUGAAUAGAAAGCAAUUACCUCCCACAUAUACUAACAGGGCAGAAAACUUCGGUUCUAUCGUUACACAUUUUCUUUAGGUUAGAAUUGUACGAAAGGAUACAGACAGGACAGGGCCGAAUAAACGGGUUGUACACGAUGAUAGAUAGUGAUCUAUUUCGAAAGCUAUCAGCCGUAUGGAAAGAUGUAGUUUUUCAAUUUGAAACCUAUUAGUGUCUUACACAGCAUGAAUAACACACGGUAUGAGGUACGCAGUAGGUGGUUAUCGAAGGAUGUUGUUUUCCGUUAUGCAUAAACGUUAGUUUAGUUAUGUGUACUUUUGCAAUUGUUCACAAACGUGUGGUGGAACAUAGGUUACGUUUUGCAGGUUGUUUUUGAUGUAUUAGUCCGUUCUGGCGUUCGGGGUUCGCUUUCCCGACUUUCAUUCACCUUUGUUUUGAGAAAGCGCCCACAGUUUUCUCAUUUGUUCAAAAAUCACAAUCCAAUUGGAACAAGCGGCACACUUUUACAAUGUUUGAUUUGUUGUUUUUCUCUAACGAUUGAAGUGGAUAUCUCUUGCUGUUAGGCUUCCUUCCAUUAACCAGUAGUAAUAAGGUAAGAAAGAAAACAGAUGGCAACGGAUGAAUAUGGAUUAGUUGCGAAAUGAUUUUUAUUGUUAUUAUUGAUAUACAUGAAAGCAAGGCACUGAAAAAUGACUUGGAAGAAAACUAGGCGAAGGAAUCAAUUGACAAGAACAUCAGGAACAAUUUACCAUAGCCACAAACAAAAAAACAACAAAUCAUACAACAUUGUGUUUGGUCAUUACGCUGAAAGAACUAACCAUCAAUAGAGCCUCGUCAAUAAUAGCAACGCACUGAAGACACAAAAAGGGAGGAAACAAGCUUUUCCAAAUCUUCUCUACUACAUUUCACGACUUCUUUGAUUUAACACAAUGAAUUGGACGGUUGUUAAUAAAACGCAAAGCCGUUGCAUACACAUCUAAUUUUUAGGUUUAUUACAUUUGAUUAUCAACCGAUUAAAGAGAAUGGGAUAUCGACGAUGUGCAUCUAUAAUUAGAAGUUUAAGUAAAACGGGGGUGAAGGAGGCAGAUGUAUAGGACGAGCAAUAAAUGUAUUAGGAAAACAAGCUUCUUUGAACAGAGAUAAACAAUAGCAAGAAAUAAACAGUGCAGCAAAGGGCAAACAGAGUUUGCUGUAGCAAUCUCAUGUUUUGCCUCGGGAAUUCUUUGAACUAGAUCGAGCAGUUAAUUAGCAGUUUGAGAGCAGCGAACAGUAAAAUUAUCUUUGUAGUGCACUUAAAUUAUUAUUUUACAAGCAAAUCGAUUUAACUCUAGUAGGUAAUCAUACAUCUGGCACAUGUAGAUAUACUUAUCAUUCGUACGUUGUUUUUUAUAUGUGUUGGGCAGAUCAAACUAUGUGCUUUCGAGCAAAUAGCCAAGACAUAGCCGUUCUAUGAUUGACACUGGCAAAAGUUUGGCUUAAUCACUCAUAAACAUUCUUCUGUACGGCAGUUUAGCAGAAAUAUUCUUUUAACCUAAACCGAGUGUAUCUAUUCAUAUUAUUACAUAAUUUUUUAUUAUGUGAGAGGGACACUUCGUGUGCGAACGUUAGCUGUAGAACAAUCUGCCUCAGAGUCAAAAUUUAGGGAUAGAACGGAGGUUUAUGUUGUGCAAAGUUUUUAGUUUACUCUCGGGUGUUAUUGUCUAUGUUUGAUUCGUUCAAUAUUGCUAUAAUUCACUUCUUGUCGGUUCUUUUUUUGUCUGCUUUCUUCCUCGUUUGUAACCUAUUGCAACUGUGCGUUCGUUCAUAAUUUUCCUAAUAAAAUAUAUGAUUUUAUUA